AGGUUUCAAUACCCAUUCAAAUCCAAAAACACAGAGAAAAAGAGUGAAAGAAUUGUAAUCAAAAUCAUCAACAAUGUCUGGAAUCAUGAACAAGAUCAGCGAAACCCUCCACAUGGGAGGAAGCCACAAGCCUGAAGAUCAACACAAAUCCGGCGAACACCACAAGGAAGAGCACCACAAGGGAGAACACCACAAGGUCGACGAACACAAGGGAGAACACAAGGAAGGUAUCAUGGAGAAGAUCAAGGACAAGAUCCAUGGCGAAGGAGGUCACGAAGAUAAGGGCGAGAAGAAGAAGAAGAAGAAGGAGAAGAAGAAGGACGGUCACGAUCAUCAUGGACACGAUAGUAGCAGCAGCGAUAGCGAUUAGAUUCACUGUAUAUAUAUCAAAACAUCAUGAUCCGUCGAUCCAUUUAGGUAUUUCGGUUGAGUGAUAAUAUCAGAGGUUGGGUCGGGUCGGGUCAUGAUUUCUGAAUCUAUUACGUCGUCGUUUUGUGUGUUUGGAAUUGGAAUAAUGAUAUUGUGAUGUAAUAAUAAUGGUAUUAAUUAAUUAAUUAAUUAAUAUUGAUAUAAUAUCAUAUGAGAUGUUGUAGGGUAGAGUAUUUUAAUUUCUACAUAUAUAUUGUCGUUUAUGAAUGAUGAUAUUUUAUGAAAUUAAUGCAAAUCUUUAUUUCUAUGGUAA